UAGAAGAGGAGAAAGUAGGAUUGUUGCAUUCAAAGACCGGUAGGGCAAAGUAGAGGUGGCAACGUUGAAGGGUCGCCCGAGGGCCGCUUGUAUAUCGGCCCGAGCCAGAGCCACCUCGCUCUCCCAAGUGCUUUAGUGACGAGAGGACAGCUCAAGAACAGAGGUACAGAGGUUCAGAGGGUUGGCAGGCAAAAAGGAAAGAGAGAGAGAGAGAGAGAGCGUGCGCUGCAAGGGAUGAAAGUGUGAGGGAGGUGGGAACGAGUGACUCGCGAUCAAUAGACAAGGGAAAACUGGAGUGGAGGAGAGAGGGAGACGAAGGAAAAAGCAACGCAUUUAAAGCCACUCUGAACCAGCAGCGUGUUCUCAAACCUACGGCAAUGGCAUCGGUACUGGUGAGCAACAGAGCCUCGGCAACUCCGGGCAGCCAGCUGAAAUGCAAGUUCAAGAGGAGGAGAAGGAGGCGAUCGAAGAGGAAAGUUUGUUCUCCUCCUCCUGUUCUGAAGACCCAUGCUGGGGUAUGGCUCCAUUGCACCACCAGGCCUUCAGUCCCUCACCGAACAGAGUACUCUUCAUGUGAGAGCAGCGAGCAUAAAUUAAACACCCUUUCUUCAUUCAUCGGUCCAUUCAAGUAUUUCAGCCCUGGUUUGGAAAAUACUGAGGAUGAAGAUAAUUUGAGUACCAGUAGCGUGGAGGUAAAGGAGAAUCGUAAUGUAGGUAACUUAUCGUUGGAAGAUCAUACACGGACCUCUGGUGAUCGGCAAGUCUUUCGCUGUACGGACAUAUCCAGAAGUGGAGCAUCGGGAUUGAAAAGGAAAAGGCCACUGGAGGAAGGGAACAAUGGACACAUGCACCCUAAGGUGCAGCUGAAAUGUAAGAAAUUGUCAUGGUCAGUGAUGCCAAAGAAUGCCCUUGUGCAGCUAAAUGAGCUGAAGCCCGGACUACAGUAUAAGAUGGUCUCUCAAACCGGACCUGUGCACGCGCCCAUUUUCGCCAUUGCAGUCGAAGUGAAUGGCUCUCUCUUUGAGGGCACGGGACCCACCAAAAAGAAAGCAAAGAUGAGGGCAGCGGAGAUGGCCCUGCAGUCUUUUGUGCAGUUCCCGAAUGCUUCCCAGGCCCAUUUCGCCAUGGGGAACUGCGUAAACCCCAGCGCGGACUUCACGUCCGACCAGGCCGACUUCCCCAACACACUGUUCAAAGAGUUCGAGCCCUCGGUGCAGAGCGAUGGCCUGACUUGCUGCAGUCCUGCUGACAACGAGCUGCUGUACGGUGGUUGGCGGCAUGGACGAGUACUUUGCCACACGUUGGACUUAAUGGUCCAAGCCAAACAGAACAAGCACAAGAUGUCGUUCCCAGCAGCUGGCAAUAAGAACCCAGUCGAGAUGUUAAAUGAGCUGCGCCCGGGACUGAGAUACGUGUGCCUCUCGGAGACAGUGGAGAGGCACAUCAAGAAAUUUGUGAUGGCAGUGAGGGUGGAUGGGAGAACGUUUGAAGGCACGGGACGCAGCAAGAAGCUGGCAAAAGCCCAGACUGCACAAGCUGUUCUUCAAGCUCUCUUUAACAUCCCGCCAGUGCCCAGUGGAAAGCCUUGUCAAAUGCCUGACAGGAAUAAAUGUCCUCGUUUACCACAGGAAUUCGCUGAUGCAGUAUUUCACCUGGUCACAGAGAAAUUCAAAGAGCUAACAGACAAUUUGACCUCUUCACAUGCACGGCACAAGGUACUUGCAGGAAUCGUAAUGACCAAAGGUCUAAACAUGAAGGAUGCCCAGGUUGUUGCACUGUCAACAGGGACAAAAUGUAUAAACGGAGAAUACAUUAGUAACCAGGGUCUAGCACUAAAUGAUUGCCAUGCUGAAAUUAUUGUACGGAGAUCAUUAGUUCGUUUCCUUUACUCUCAGCUGGAACUACACUUAAGUAAACAGCCAGAUGACUGGGAACGUUCAAUCUUUGUUCAUCGAAAAGAGGGAGGCUACAAGCUGAAAGAAAGUAUCCUUUUCCAUCUGUACAUCAGUACACCUCCAUGUGGAGACGCUCGCCUGAACUCCCACCGAGAAGCGAGAGCUGAAUUGCAACACAGCAGGCCAUUGAGCAGGAGAGUUCGGAGCCACCUCAGAACGAAGAUUGAAUCUGGAGAAGGCACCAUUCCAAUCCGGUCCUCCAACUCCAUCCAGACGUGGGAUGGAGUAUUACAGGGAGAACAACUGCUGACAAUGUCCUGCACUGACAAGAUUAACAGGUGGAACGUUCUGGGCACACAGGGAUCGCUCCUGAGUUAUUUCAUUGAACCGAUCUACCUGCAAAGCAUUGUGUUAGGAAGCACCCACCGCGUUGACCAUCUUUCCCGGGCGAUAUGCCAUCGGCUAGAAGAUAUCGGCCAGCUGCCAUCACCCUACCGAUACAACCAGCCUCUCCUCAGUGGGGUCAGUAGCACAGGACUUCGCCAGCAGGGAAAGUCUCCAAGCUUCAGUGUAAACUGGACUCUGGGAGACUCCGACCUGGAGAUUGUUAAUGCUACAACAGGAAAGGGGGACCUGGGCUGUUCGUCCAGACUCUGUAAGCGUGCACUUUAUACCCAAUGGGCAAAGCUGUAUGGCAAGCUGAGCACACGAACCUCGAGCCUUCGGGGAACGCCGUCUGUGUACUGCGAGGCCAAGCUGGCAGCCGAGGACUACCAGGCCGCCAAGCAGCAGCUGUUUAAGGCGUUGCAGAGAGCUGACCUGGGCACGUGGGUAAAGAAGCCCCCAGAACAGGACCAGUUCUUGCCCGCUGCGUAGAGAUGACAGCACAGACCACGGCUUGUAAUGUUCAAAGUGAACUUCAGUAAAGGAGAAAGUAAAAGCAAACCUCAAAAUCUCCUCCUUUCUUCGGAAGACAGCUCCCAUCAUUGCCUCAUCGAACCUGCUCACUCCUGUUUCCACAGAUGGUGUUCAUAGCAAUGCAGACGCCAACAGCUCCAUUGGUAAUGAACUGCUCUAUGGAAUCCUCCAGUUCUUAACCUAUAGCAGAAAGGCAUUCACCCACCAACUGUUGGCCUAACAAAAGACAUGACGAACAGUCUGAGGGCAAAAUUGAAUUGUAAAAUCAACCCUUCAUCUACUUCUCUGAUAAGGUGCUUCUUUCCUCUCGCGCAUAUACAUUUUGUGGUGGCCAUUGAAUACAAUUUUAUAAUCAAUUUCUUAUUAAUCUGAUAUUUAUAUCCAGGCCUCCUGGUGCACAAGCAUUGAGAUUCUGUCCAAUUACUGUCCAAGCUUUGAGAAGCUGGCAAUGAUUGUUAAUUAAACUUUGAUCUGAAACAAAUAGAGGCCGAGCUGGCUGAGCAGACAUUUUUCCAGCAUCUCUCCGGGCCUGUAGAGGUCGCUGCUGUGGGAAAUGAGUCCCAUCUGUCCGAGAGGCAAGUGAGCUAAAACCAAAUAGGGAGAAGUUCAUUGAAGCACAACAACCCUUCGCUGGAGUUGAGAGGGACCUCACACUGAGGUGCUUUUAGUUUGGAUUAGGUGUGAAACAAUAGCUAAAGGGAUUAAUGGUCAUAGAUGUCCUGGUUUAAGAAUUGCACAGAUAACAAGCGGCCUGGCAACUGAGGAAUUGAUCGAGUGCUUAACAGCGACCAGCCCAAGAGCAUUGAAUCAGCCUUGAGUGAGUGAAAUUGCUACAACUUACAGCUGCGUACUUUCCACUUGAGAAGUGAGAAGUGGCUGUUGUAAGUGGCAGGUGGGAGGGUGCGAUGUUAGCAUACUAUACACAUAAUUCAGGCCAGCUUGGAAGGAGGCUCACAGUCCUCACGACUGAGACGGUGCAGUGCUGCUUUACUAUGCAAAUCAGGUCCUGUGGUUGUUGAAGAACUCCUGCUGCAGAACAUGGGGACAACUAGGUGAAAUCCAUCUGAGCUACUGGCAGUCCAAACAGGGUUGUCUGACAAACUCUGCAAGCAUUCUAAGUGAUACUUUCUUAAAAAGGAACAGGAAAAUAAUCUGGAGGGUUACCAGUCGAGUUUUGAAUCACCCCCACAUGAAGCUACCUGCAGACCAGCGUAAUGAGUUCACCCUAAAAGUUAUGUUUGACUUCAUAUCAUUACAGUUGAUAUUAUUUAUCUACAGUAAAUAUUCAAAGGGCUUUGAUGAGCUGGCGUAUAACAGCAGACUAAAGAAUGUGAAUGUAUGUGGACUCAGAAGAUGUGUUUUAGCUUUUCAAGGCCACAAAGGAAGCAAAGUUCCAGAGCUUAUUGCUCGAGGGAUGGAAAUGAAAUGUGGUGACAUUAUGCUACAUUGAGCCUUGGUUAGACCAGACUAAGAGCAAUGUGUGUAGGACUGAAUAGAAGCGAUGUAGAGAUGUUGCAGAGAAGAUUGACAUGGAUUAUACCAGAACUGUAAGUGUAGACACAACGAGAACAGUUGAACAAACUGGGUCUCUCCUCUUGUGGAAGCUCAAGCAGUGACCUAACUUCAAGUGAUGAAAGUUUUGAAAAGAGUCCUGUCUGAGAACCCUCUCCUCGUGGAUUCCUUUAUCACUCCUAUCAAUCAACUUAGGAUCUAAAUCCCUUUGUUCACCUUUUCUUCAUUCCCCACUCCCUACCAUUAUGUUACCCAGAUAAUUUACCCUUCCCCAAUCUGCUUCUAUCUGCCCUUCACCAUUACACUUAUCCUCCUGGGUUUCUCCUCCCUUGGCCUACCUCUCCUAUCCGCUCCCCAAUCUGCCUCCGUCUGCCCAUCACCAAUACACUUAUCUUCGUGGUUUCUCCUUCCUUGGCCUACCUCUCCUAUCCACUCACCAAUCUGCUUCUAUCUGUCCAUCAAACUUCCAAUAUCAGUUUCCAGUUCCACACUACCUUCCCACUCCCCCUCACCCACCUGGCUAAUCCAUCCAUUAACCCCACCUAACCCAACUCCCACCAUCGCCUACCACCCCCCUCCCCUAUACUGGUUUUCCUCUCUCUAUACUCUCAGUCCUAAUGCAGGGUCUCACCCAAAGCAUCAAUUGUCUCUUUGCCUCCGCAGAUCCAUUUGGUCCACUGAGGUCCUGCAACGGUUUAUCUGGAUUCCAGCAUCUUCAAUUUGGAUACAGAGAAAAUGUUCCCACGUGUUGAGAGCAUGUAACUAGAGGCCACCAUUUUGAAAAAGUCACCAAGAAAUCCAAUAGGGAAUUUAAAAGAAACUUCUUCACCUGAAGAAUAUUGAGUACAUGAUAGUGGCUACCAAAGGGAGAGGUUGGAAUGAAUAGUGUAGAUAUAUUUACAUGGGGAUGGACAAACAGAUGAGUGAGAAGGUAAUAGGUUUAAUGAGGAAAUGCAAGAGGAGAUUCAAGUGCAGCAUGCACACCAGCAUAGAGCAGUUGGGCUGAAUGGCCUCAGAAUCAGUUAUUUAUUAUCACUGUCCUAUGUGAUGCGAACUUUGUUGUUCUGCAACAUAAAAAUUAUAAGAAAUUAUGAAGUAAGCAAAUAGUGCAAAAGCAAAGGAAUAACAAGGUAGUAACACACACAACGUGCUGGAGGAACUGGAGCAAGGUAGUAUUCAUGAGUUAAUGGACCAUUCAUAAGACAGGGGAGGAUGAAGCUGUUUCUGAACUUUUGUGGGGGGGGGUGGGUUCAGACUCCUGUACCUUGUCCUGGAUGGGAAGGUUAUUUAGUAAUGGAUUCGGCCUUGUUGAGGCAAUGCUUCAUCAAGGAGGAAGAGUUGUGUCCAUGAUGCAGCUAGCUGAAUCUACAACUUUAGAAAUCUCUUGAAAUCCAGUGCACUGGAGCCUCCACACCAGGCUGUAAUGGAGUGAGUCAGGAUGCUCUAGAGCUUUUGGUGACAUACCAAAUGUCCUUAAACUCCUAACAAGUUUGAGCAGCUGGCAUGCUUUUUUUCAUAAUUGCAUCAACGUGCGGGAAAAUCCUCAGAGAUGUUGACACCCAGGAACUUAAAGCUGCUCCCUCUUUUCAUCACUGACCCUUCAAUGAAUACUGGUGUGUGUUCUCCCGAUUUCCCCUUCCUGAGGUCCACAAUCAACUCCUUGCUCUUACUGACACUGAGUGGAAGAUUGUUCUUCUUGCAAUACCAUUCCACCAGCCAAUCUACCUCACUCCCUGUACGCCUCCUCAUUGCCGUCUGAGAUUUUACCAGCCACGGUGGUAACAUUUGCAAAUUUAUAAAUGGCGUUUGAGCUGUGCUUAGCCACACUGUCAUUAGCGUAGAGAGUGUAGGGCAGCAGGAUAAGGAUGCAUUCUAGGAAAAGGUGUAUCUGAGUUAAUUAUCAGCAAAGAGAUGUUAUCACCGAUCCCUGCUGACUUUAGUGCCGUUGACGUAGGCAGGAGCACGUGCCCUGCCUCCCUUGCUGAAGUCAAUGACCUGCUCUUCUGUUGACAUGAAGGGAAUGGAUGUUGUCAUGACACCAUGUCACUAAGCUCUCCACCUUCCUUCCCUUCCCAGUGAACUCGUCGAAUUCUCUGCACGCUUUGAACAGCAGGGGAUUGGUAUGGCACCACCCACCCUGACAUCCUCCGGUGCACCUGACCCACAGUCACCACUGCAGACGUACGAUUAGCCUUUCUGAGAGUGAGCCCAUGGAAAAAAUCUGGCUCAGAAUGGUGGCUUAGACGGUAUCCCUGGCCCUGUCCUUAUAUCCUGCGGAGAUCAGCUGGCUGAAGUAUUUACAGACAUUUUUAAAACUCUCCCUGCAUCAGUCUGAGGCUUCCACCUGCUUUAAGAAGACAUCCAUCAUUCUGGUACCUAAGGAAGACAAGAUAACAGGCCUUAAUGACUACUGCCAAGUGUCUCUGACAUCCAGCAUUGCGAAGUGCUUCAAGAGACUGGCCUUGGCAGUCAUUAACUCCAGCCUCCCAAACAACUUCGACCCACAUCAAUUCACCUACCACCAAAAUAGUUCAGGAUCAGAAUCAGAAUCAGGUUUAUUAUCACCGGCAUGUGACGUGAAAUUUGUUAACUCAGCAGCAGCAGUUCAAUGCAAUACAUAAUCUAGCAGAGAGAGAGAAAAAAAUAAUCAUAAUAAAUAAAAUAAAACGUAACAGUAAAUAAACAAAUAAAUCAAUUACGUAUAUUGAAUAGAUUUUUUAAAAUGUGCAAAAACAGAAAUACUGCAUAUUAAAAAAAAGUGAGGUAGUGUCCAAAGCUUCAGUGUCCAUUUAGGAAUCGGAUGGCAGAGGGGAAGAAGCUGUUCCUGAAUCACUGAGUGUGUGCCUUCAGGCUCCUGUAUCUCCUACCUGAUGGUAACAGUGAGAAAAGGGCAUGCCCUGGGUGCUGGAGAUCCUUAAUAAUGGACGCUGCCUUUCUGAGACACCGCUCCCUAAUGAUGUCCUGGGUACUUUGUAAGCUAGUGCCCAAGGUGGAGCUGACUAGAUUUACAACCUUCUGCAGCUUCUUUCGGUCCUGUGCAGUAGCCCCUCCAUACCAGACGGUGAUGCAGCCUGUCAGAAUGCUCUCCAUGGAACAACUAUAGAAGUUUUUGAGUGUAUUUGUUGACAUGCCAAAUCCCUUCAAACUCCUAUUAAAGUAUAGCUGCUGUCUUGCCUUCUUUAUGACUACAUCGAUAUGUUGGGACCAGGUUAGUUCCUCAGAGAUCUUGACACCAAGGAACUUGAAGCUGCUCACUCUCCCCACUUCUGACUCCUCUAUGAGGAUUUGGUAUGUGUUCAUUCGUCUUACCCUUCCAGAAGUCCACAAUCAGCUCUUUCGUCUUACUAACAUUAACUGCCAGGCUGUCUAAGACAGAUGACACUCCCUGGCCCUACACUCAUAUCUGUAGCAUCCAGACAGUAGAGGCACCUGCAUCUAACAAUUGCCUAUUGAUUACAGCUCUGCCUUCAAUACUAUAAUUUCAAACUGACUCAUCACCAAACUUUGAGAUCUGAGAAUCAACACCUCCCACGGCAACUUGUUGACCAACAGACCGCAAUCAGUAAGAACAGACAGCAAUACCUCUGCCAUGAUCAUUCUGAACACUGGUGAUGCACAAGGUUCUGACCUCAGUUCCCUGCUCUACUCCUAGUACACUCAUGACUGCGUGGCCGUUUUCUGUUCUAGUCCCAUCGGCAGGCUUGCAGAUGAUACCACUGUAGCAGGCUGUAUCUCAAGUAAUGAUCUACAGGGUUGGUAAUAGCCAUGGCAUACUCAUUCAGAUCCAGAAACAAAUAUCUGAAUAUGGUCCAGUCCACCAAUUCAAAGCGGUCCUGUAUAUGCUCUUCCACCUCCCUUGACCAUACCCUUCUUUCUGGUCCUCACUACUGCUGCUGCGGCCCUCAGUUCCUGCCCUUACGUGGGGAGUAGAAGUACAGCCAGGAGAUCGGACUCACCAAAGUGCAGGCAUGCGAUAGCACAGGAAGCAUUCUUGAUAGUGGUGUAACAGGUAUUGAGUGUAUUGGCUCCUCUGGUUCCGUAGGUGACAUGCUGGUGGUAGUCCGUCAGAAUUCUUUUCAAGCUAACUUGACUGAGGUCCCCCACCAAUGAUCAGGAGGGUGUCAAGGUGCAGUGUUAUCACAGUGCUCAGCUCCUCCAGAACCAGCUUGUCAUUUUCCAAGGGUGGGAUGUACCUAACUUGUGCUUACCAGCUGGCUGGAGUGGUCAAGAGCAUCUCCAAUGCUCACUGAUGUCGUCAGAAUUUCCUCUGCUUCAAAGGGCAGCAAUCAUACCAGUGCCCAACGGGAGCAGGAAGGCCCAUUACAGCUCCGUUAAUUAUAUGUCAUCUGCAGUAAUUUUACUGUGUGUUUAUGGUACAUUAUCACCGAGACACUUUGGAAUGGGUAGGUUUUAUUAUCUUGAUUUAAGUUUGAAAUAGAUGAGUUGACAUGCUUAGCUGAGCAUAAACAUGAGAAUCAGAAUCUGGUUUAAUAUCACUGACAUAAGUCUGAAAUAUUUUGCGGAUUCUGGAAAUCCAGAGUAACACAAACAGGAACUCAACAGCUCUGGCAGCAUCCAUGCCGAGGGAUUAAGGCCCAGACCAUUCAUCAGGACUGAUGAAGAGUCAAGACCCAAAACGUUGACUCUCCAUUGAUGCUGCUAACUUACUAAGUUCCUCCAGCAUUUUGUGUAUGUGUUAUUAUGCUUAGCUGAGGCUCAGUCUUAUAAGAAAUGAACCCAACUUCAAAGAAAGGAAAGAUGAGAUGGCUGGUACCCUUGGACAUCCUGAGUCCAAAUCAAUUCCAGUCCCGAGAAGUGAAUGGAGGCACAUGAGGAGCUGAAGGUGCUGGAAUUCUGGAGCAACACUCAAAAUAUGCUGGAGGAUCUCGACAAUCCUGAUGAAGGGUCCUGGCCCCUGAUGCCAACUGAUCAUCCCCUCCUUGGAUGUUGCCUGGCCUACUGAGUUCCUCCGCAUCUUUUGUGUGUUGUCCAAGAAGGGAAUGGCUCCAAACAAAAAUAUCACCAUAUUCACUCUCCUCAAAAUCCUAUUUGCCUAUGCAGCAAUUUUCAAAUGUUCAAUUAUCUCAACAUUUUGAUACUGUAGUAAGUGAGCACGGCAGCCUCCACCUUUUGUGCAAAAAGACUAGAGUUGGAGACUUAUAAUACAUGGGUUCAAGGAUUUGCAUACUUAAGCAGCCUGUUUUGGGCAGGGGACUGGGCUCACAUUUAAAGCCCAGUUGGUUCAGGCAGUUCCUAGGUGUGUCCAAGAUGCCCUAUCCAGCACCAUCUCCCAAUGGCAGACCAGCACAGGCUGCGAGUUCAUUAAACACCACAAGCUGAGCACUGGAGGACACCAGUGAAGAGGAUGAAAGCAUAACCUUCAGGAACCCAGCCCAUGGGUUCUCAGGGGUCCUGUGCCCUCCAGCACCUUCUUACAGAAACCUUUCUUCUCCGUGUGAUAGACCCACAAUCAGUUUUCUUUCUCAAGGAAAGACUCAGGCAUCACUGUGUUUUGUUUGGAGCAGACGCUUUAAACUUGUGCUGCAUAUUUCUGCUGUAUAGAGAACGUCCAUCAUUUCCCACAGUGCAGCUUACACAAAGAUGGGAGCAGGAUACUCCAGGUCUAUGGCAGGAACAAAGAGAGGCACCGGAGAGCUCAGGAAACACAGGAAGUGAAAAUGGCAGCUUUUCCUUUCAGGAUUUUUGUCCUGGUGUAAACGUGUGGCUCCGGACUCAUUUUUCUUUUAAUUCAGCCCCAUUAACAGAAAAACGUUUCCUUUCCCCCUGGAAUUUGUUCUUGAUUCAUAAGUCAUGAUCUUAUGAACCAGCGUUUUCCAUUUGAGUCCAACGUGUGUUCCCUGAUAUUUUUGCUGUCUUCAUUUUUAAAUUUCAUAUUUAACAAAUGUAAAAAGAUUACUAUUCUGUGUCGUGUGACACGACAUGUAACAAGAUUGGGUACUUUUGUUCAGCUCUGUUAGCAUCUGAGAGAGUGCAAGUCUAUUUUGAGGAUGUAAAAAGUGUGUAAUGCAAUUGGAGCCUUGUACAUAAAAUAAAAUA